ACGGACUGAUUAUGUGUGCGGACCCCCGUCAACACUUUUAAGAGUCUGUAAGCAGGUGUAAUGGGAGUUCAUGGACUGUGGAAGCUCUUGGAGAGCACUGGAAAACCCAUUAACCCUGAAACUCUGGAGGGGAAGAUUUUAGCUGUCGGUAUCCUGUACACCAUUUACUGCUGCCGUUAGACCCCAUCUCAUUCUAAAUACUGUUAUACAGCAUAUACUAUAUCAGUAUCUGGUUGAAUCAGGCAGUCAAAGGUGUCCGGGAUCGAGAUGGAAAUAGUGUUCAGAACGCUCAUCUCCUCACUCUCUUCCAUCGUCUCUGUAAGCUGCUGUUCUUCCGGAUCAAACCCAUCUUUGUGUACGAUGGAGAUGCGCCGCUGCUCAAGAAACAGACACUGGCGCUGAGGAGACAGAGGAGAGAGGAAAUGACACGUGAGUCCAAACAGACCAAUGAGAAACUCCUCAGGACGUUUCUGAAGAGACAGGCCAUCAAAGCUGCUUUAGGAGAUCCAAGUCAGGAGUCGAUUCCCAGCUUGUCGUCUGUGAGACGAGAUGAGACAGAUGACAUGUAUGUCCUGCCUGCACUUCCUGUUGAUGAAGAGAAAGACAGAAGCAGUUCAGAGGAGGAGAUUGAAAGAGAAGAAGAUGAGUCUGUGCAGACCAACAGCAGAUUUCAGGACAUCUAUGAAAACCCAGAUGCCGUCGACAUCAAUUCAGAAGAGUUUUCACUCAUGCCUCCAGAGAUCAAACAUGAAGUCCUGAAGGAAAUGAAGGAGUUUAACAAGAGACGACGCACGCUGUACCACAAACCUCCAGAGCGCUCGAGUGACUUCUCUCAAUAUCAGCUAGCUGGUCUUCUUCAGAGGAACAAUCUCAACCAGCGACUGGAGAACGUGCAACAGGAAAUGAGUCAUCGGAGUUCUGGUGGGGUGGAACAGCAGUACAGCGAUGGAAAACAGCGGAACGUGGAGGUCCGGCGUGUCGUAUCAGAGGACUCUUCUCAUUAUAUCCUCAUUAAAGGGUCUCAGAAGGCCGCUAGCACCGUGGACAACCGAUCGACUCCUGCGCUGUGGUCUGGCUCUCCGUGGGAGAGGAAAGAGAGACCGAAAGGCAAACCUGAGCCACUGUGGAGACCCAUCAUUGAUGAUGACAACAAGCCUUCAUCUUCUUCCUCAAUACCAGAACAGAUGUGUACUGAAGGACAGCAGCAGUCAGAAGGAGCUCCACCGUCUCCACGGACCCUACAGGCCAUUCAGAGCGCCAUGAUGGACUCCUCCUCCUCCUCCGAUGAUGAUGGUGAUGGUGGUGGGGAUGAAGCAGUCGUCACGAGAGCUCAAGAUGGAUGCAGAACGACAGGCUCUGAGCGCAGCGACAGAAGUAUGUCACCUCGAACUUUACACGCCAUCCAGAGCGCCAUGAUGGACGACACAGAACUCAACAGAAAGCGCAUCAUCGUGAGCAGCUCGGAGGACGAGGACAAACCCACAGCUCCUGAUGAUGGAGAGCUCACUGGAGAUGGAGGUGUUUCACCCAGGACUUUGCUGGCCAUACAGGAUGCUUUAGGAGAUGGGGGAAAUUUCAAUAAAGCUGAAACUGUGGACCAGAUGGACCUGAAGAGCAGCUCUGAAGAAGAAACAACAGAUGCAUUUCAAACUAAUGACCUCAGGAAAGAUGUCUCCGUUGUUUCCUCACAGACAGCAUCGAGCACACCUCACAUUCUCAUCUCACAAUCUCAGCCUAAAAAUCCUGAAGAUGCUCCAAAGCUAGGAGAUGUUUCAGAGGAUGAAGAAAAACAGAGAUCAGUGAAUAUUGAUGGAGAUCAGAGAGAUGAGGACAACAGAAGGACUGUUGUGAAAACAGAAGAUGAAGAUGAAAGCAGGAGCUCAGAAGAGAGUUUUAUUGAUGUGUCCGAUGCAGAGAGGCCGUCUGAUACAGAGGAACCUGACACUAAAGCAGAAGAGGAAUCAACCAAUCAGAUGGCAUCAGAUGAUGUGGAUGUGAAAGAGACAGAAGAUCACAGUGCUGGAAGUAGCAGUCAGAUAAACCCGUCAGAAACUGAGCUAACACCUGCUGCUGGAGAAUGGGAUCAGAUUGAUGUGGAGGAGCUCGAGCAGUUAGAGAGAAAUCUACAGGAGGAACAGAUCAACCUGAAACUACAACGACAGCAACAAGAGAGAACCAGCACAACAGUGACAGGACAAAUGUGUCAGGAGAGUCAGGAGCUGUUGCGUUUGUUCGGUGUGCCGUUUAUAAUCGCACCGAUGGAGGCUGAAGCUCAAUGUGCUGCGCUAGAUCGUCUGGACCAGACACAUGGCACCAUCACGGACGACAGUGACAUCUGGCUCUUCGGUGGACGUCAAGUCUUCAAGAAUUUCUUCAACCAGAACAAAUAUGUGGAGCAUUACCAGUCCACAGACAUGCAGAGUCAACUGGGCCUGGAUCGGACCAAGCUGAUCAAUCUGGCCUAUCUGCUGGGCAGCGACUACACCGAAGGUAUUUCAGGUGUGGGUUACGUCACAGGAAUGGAGAUACUCAAUGAGUUUCCUGGUACUGGAUUACAGCCGCUCCAUGAAUUCAGUAAGUGGUGGUCUGAAGCUCAGGAGAAGAAGAAGCUCACUGCUAAUCCCAAAGACACAAAGGUAAAGAAGAAGCUCAGAGAUCUUAAUCUUCAUCCUGGUUUUCCAAACCCUGCCGUGGCUCAGGCGUACCUCCAGCCCACAGUGGACCAAUCAGAGGCUUCGUUCAGCUGGGGCCGCCCACAACUGGAGCUCCUUAAAGAGUUCUGUCAGAACCGCUUUGGUUGGAACAACAGAAAAACUGAAGAGAUUUUACAGCCGAUGUUUAAACAGUUUAACACUCAACAGACGCAGCUGCGCAUCGAUUCGUUCUUCCGCUUGGAGCAGCAGGAGAGACAGUCCAUACGUAGUCAGCGUCUGCGCAGAGCCGUCACCUGCCUCAAAAGAAAAGAAAGAGAGGAUGAAGAUGAUGAUGAAGAUGAUGCUACCUCUCCAUCUAAAGCAGAUCAGGAGGUCAGGUUAGCUGGAGGAUUCAUAGGAUCACCUGAAGAUGUGCAGGAGGAGGAGGAGGAGAUGAUGCUGAGCAGAAACACUGCUGGAGUAACUCACGACAGGAAACGGGUAUCAAGAGGGGCGGAGUCAAGCAGCUCCAGCUCAGAGGAGGAGGCGGAGCAUGGGCGGGGUGUUGCUAUGGUAACCGCACGCUCCGUGUUCGACGGGAAGACGAGAGGAAGAGGAAGACGCACUGCAGGGAGAGGAAGGGGUAGAAACAAGUAAUGACAGCGUGUAUUUAAACAAGAGACGGAAUGCAUUGAAAUGUUUGCAGCUUAAUCAUGAUGAAGUGUGUCUUGUGUUUUCAAUUUUUAAUAAAUUAUUAAAUGUGUA